AUGUCUCUCGCAAGAGCGGUUUUGUCGAGACCUGUGAACGUCGGAAGCCGUUCUCAAGGUGCCGUGAGACCGUUUUUGGCGGCUCCAAGACGAUCCUUCGUUGUCUACCGACCAAAAUGGGCUGACAACCGCGCUGUUAUGCCCGACCAGUGGGGUACUCGAAUUGCUAGAUACUUCACAAGAAUGCCAGAAAUCGCCUACGGUUUGAUCUUCCUCUACGUUGGUCUCUUCUUCAUGUGGCACAAGUACUACGUUGCCCAAGUCCACCCCGAGUUUACUUACCUCGUCCAAGAUCCCUACCUUGAUAACCCAAUGAUGUGCAACUCAGCUUACUACCAUCACACUGAGCUUUCCAAAGUCAUCACAAACAUGCAUGGAAACAGAAAUAUGUACCACCAGGUCUUCCGUGAGGAAGAUGGAGUCACUCAUGGCGCUCCUUGGACCGAUAAACGAACUGAUCUUUACAUGAAGCGAUUUUUCUCUCCUGGAAACCAGAAGAUGAUGCUCGAAAACAAAGUCGACAGAUACAUGCAAAACUCAAAGAACGGCCAGCCCCGACUGAACAUCAACUUUGGCGACUAUGGCAUGCCCGGCUGGACUGAUAGCGAAGGAAGAGCGCACAAGCCCUCGUACGAUGUUCCUUUGCCAUACAAUGCACCUGCUCCUGGAACCGAAAUCAAAUAUUCCUAG